CAGGAGAUCUCCAAUCACCAACUGACCUCCCUGAGUUCAAAUCUUACACCGACUAUAAAUACUGCAAGGCAAUCCCCAAUUCUGAACAAUUGCACUUAGGAAAUGUCACUGAGAUGUGGGCAGAAUGUAUGCAAAAACCUAAUCAGUACCUCAGUAUUCAACUAUGGAGAACUCAACUAUUAAAUAUGUACAUCAUAUCUGGGCUACUUCUCUUCUAAGGAAUCCAUGUGAACAAAUUCCAUCAAAAUGCAAGCAUAAAUGACUGUAAAGUUAUGAUUAGACCUCCAUUUAGAUAGAAAGUAAAGAGUUGCUAUUACUCAAAUAAUGCAUUUUAUGGUACCAAUAGCCUGUAUCUCUUUACUUAGAAAAUUCAUGCUAUGUAAAAACUCAAAUCAUUUUCAUUACCUGGGUUUCCCCUUUUCAGACCCCUUUGCUGAUGCAACUAAGGGCGACGACUUACUCCCGGCAGGGACUGAAGACUACAUCCAUAUAAGGAUCCAGCAACGAAACGGCAGAAAGACAUUAACGACUGUUCAGGGGAUUGCAGAUGACUAUGACAAGAAGAAGCUUGUGAAAGCAUUCAAAAAGAAAUUUGCCUGUAAUGGUACUGUGAUUGAGCAUCCUGAAUACGGGGAAGUGAUCCAGUUGCAGGGUGACCAGAGGAAGAACAUUUGCCAAUUCCUCUUAGAGGUUGGUAUUGUUAAGGAGGAGCAACUGAAAGUUCAUGGCUUCUGAAAUUUGUGUACUUACCUGAAGAACUCUACAGGUUUUGUUCUACCAAGUUGGCUACUCUGUGAAAUAUGAUUCUUUGUAGUAAAUGGACUCACCGUUCAAAAUCUGAUUUGCUUUUGCAUGAUUACAGAAAAGAUAUGGGGUGUAGACUAGAAACACAUAAAAAAACUGCAGUAAGAUGGUAAUAAGAGGUGCUUAAGAAUUUUAACGCAUUUCCAAUGGAAAUGUUCUACUGCUGAUAGUUCAGUGUAUUAUUUUUCAUCUGAUUUAAAUGUUGUAUUAAAACCAUGUGUGUUGCAGCUUAAAUAAACUCUCUUAUCUUAACCAUUUGAGUGUAGAAUACAUUAUAUGCUUCAGCCAAUUUAAGCAUAUAAGCAGCUUUUUAACUACAUAGCAGACCAGGUCAGUCUUCAGAAGCUAGUACUCAGCAUUUAGUACAGCUAAAUUGACCUAAAGUUUUCAAGAAGAUUACUUAGCAGUCAGAAGUUCAGUGAAAAAGAAACUACUAGCUAUUCCUUGCUUGUAUGAGAAUUAUAUUGGGUAAAGUCCAGCUAAUACCCAAUAAAUGCUGCCAUUGCUGGGGUUUGAUAGAUACUCAUUCCCCAAGAACUCAAACCAUUUUGAUGUAAGGCUUCACAAAAUUUCCCAUUAUAAGUACAGAACAGCAGUUCUGCAUUCCAUACAUGGAGUUACAUGAGAUCUUACACCCAGAAUGAUUUGCAUCAAAGCUACUAUGAUAGUUUUGCACACCCCUAUUCCAGACCACUACAGUAUAUUGUAUUUCUAACAAAACUUCUCUACUACUUGUGCUACUGAUAGCAUAUCAAUAAACUUUGCAUUGUUAGUCCUAUUCUUAAGAAAUGUGAAUGAAUUAUCAGAUAUAGAAGAUGUUGCUGCUUGAGGUUAAAGGCCUGCAUUCUUGACUACCGCUGGAUGAAUGACCUAAUUGAAAAGGUGUCAGAUGAUUCCGAAGUCAAAAGGAAAAACUAUAUUCCAAGUUCAAUUCUUGAUCUGCUAGAUCAUUUUCCAUCAGCCCUGGGAAAUUAACCUGCUGGUGGCUCUUCAGACCUUUCAUCUGUCCAUUUUUGUAUUUAUUGGAAGACUGAACAUUUUUAGAAAUAUAUUCUUAUAAUUGUAUGUGCUAAUAGCUUGAUUUUAAAAGUAAUUCUGUACUGUCUCCACCCCCAUUUUGAAAAUAUAAAUUUGGAACAAGAAGUUGGUUUGUGAAUACAGGUAGUCCUUGCUUGACAAUGGUAAUUGGGACUAGAGUUUCCAUUGCUAAGUGACACGGUUGUAAAGCCCAACAUCGUGUGACUGCGCUGCUUAGCAGCAGCAGUUCCAGCAGUCCCAUGUCACCACAGGUCAUUAAGUGACAACCUCACGUGACCCCAACUUCCAGCUUCCCCAUUGACUUUGCUGUGGGAAGACAGCAAUGAAGGUCGCAAAUCAUGACCACACGACCUUGGAACAGUUGGAAAUGUGGGCUGUGAUCACAUGACUGGGUGCUGUAACAGCCAGAAUUUGAGAUCCGUUCGUAACUACCACUUUUUCAGUGCCCUUUCAAGUUUGAAUGGUGGCUGAACAAGUAGUCGUUAACCAAGGACCUGUAUAGUGAAUUACCAUAUACUAAAUCUGAAAGCUGUUCAGACAUCUUACAGUGUUGGCCAUUUUAUGCACUCAGAUUUAAGUGACGUUUUAUUCAUUUUUAUUUAUCUGAGCAUUUUCACAAAAUUCACACUAGAAAGCAAUAGCAAAUCUUUCAAAUGUGCAUUGAUAUUGGCAUGUUUACAUCAAUGCUUGUUUUAGAGAUUUGUGUGCUGCCUUAUCCAAAUUUAUCCCAUUCUGAUCAUGUAAAUUCAUAGCCUAGCCAAGUCCUUAUUGCAAAAAACGUCUAUGACAGUGCUGUUGCUGUUAUUCUUGGCUCAGGAGAUUCAUAUUUUUCACUAAUGUUCCAGAAGAAUGGAAAAAGGAAACUGCAAAAAACUGAAAAGACUAUCUCAAAAAAAUUAUAACAUCACUUGAGAACAAGAAUUUAAGCUUGUUAAAAGUCUAUUUUAUUAAACUAAGUCAAUUGUU